GGGAAGUGGAUGGGGCUGGUUUCCUUGACGGGCCACAGACUUUCAUCCAGUCAUCUCGAGGCGCUGCCUGGUGCUCCAUUUGCAGGCACCUGUUCUCAGCUCCACCCGCCCCCUCGAGGCACCUUGCAAGUUGUCCGUGGAGAUGGCACGUCGUUGGGGACUGUACUCAUGUUUCACUGCCCCUCGGGGCACCAGAUGGUGGGGUCUGGCCUCCUCACUUGCUCCUGGAAUGGAAGCAUUGCUGAUUGGUCUUCAGGAAGUCCUGUGUGCAAAGCUGUGCCACCACACGAGACCUUUGGCUUCAAGGUGGCGGUCAUUGCCUCCAUUGUGAGCUGUGCCAUCAUCCUGCUCAUGUCCAUGGCCUUCCUCACCUGCUGCCUCCUCAAGUGCAUGAAGAAGAGCGAGCAGCGGCGUGCCGACAGGGCGGCACAGCUGUGGCACCAGCUGAGAGGUGAAGACCUGGAGACUGUACAGGCCGCCUACCUGGGCCUCAAGGGACACAACCACAACAACAGCAGCAACGCCGGCACUGGCAGUGGUGGCGCUGGUGUCACCGGUGUCGCCAAGCCAGGGAUUCAGCACAGCCAGGCCCACGACAACCACAGCUUUGCCACGGACCCCAGUGACAUCAGAGGGCAGGCUGGUGUGCCCUGCAGCAUGGACAAAGACCCCUGGGCAUUCAGGAUGGGUGCUCCGAGCCCUGGUGGCUCCUCCAGCUCUCUGUGCACCUACGUGAUGGUUCACUCAAUGAACUCUGCAGGGCCUGCCCCUGGAAUGCCCGUGAAGUCCAAAGUGUACCUUCCGGGAUGACCCCACCAGCCAGAGGGUCUGCAUCUCAACACUCGCCCAGCUGGAGAUGGCCCAGGGCAACCACCUCCAGGUACAGGGCACCCUAGGGAGCCCAGCUGAUGUCAAAGGCUGGGUUCAGCCUGUUUUGGAGGAGCCCUCCUCUGUGGCUGUUACAGGACUUGGUUAUUGAACUGCUCUGGAGAUGAAGUCCUGAAGAAGCCAUGCUACAACCGGGGUUCUUUUAAAGAGACUGAGACAUUUUAAGCAGAUAUAGUUUUGCAUAAUAGAAUAUAAAAAUAUUAAUAAAAUACUUUAAUACUUUAAGCUACCUCAUCUUCUGGGGCAUGGACGUGCU